AUGUCACAAUCUUUACGGCCGUACCUUCAAUGUGUUCGAUCCUCCCUGACUGCUGCCCUUGCUAUAUCAAAUUUCGCUUCACAGACGUCGGAGAGGCAUAACGUGCCGGAGAUUGAGGCCGCUACCUCUCCUGAAGUCCUCCUCAACCCCCUCACAGUGGCGCGGAACGAAAACGAAAAGGUUCUUAUUGAGCCCAGUGUAAAUAGCGUCCGAGUUAGCAUCCGAAUCAAACAAGCCGACGAGAUUGAGCAUAUUCUCGUACACAAGUUUACCCGUUUUCUUACUCAACGAGCUGAGGCGUUCUUUAUCCUGCGGAGAAAACCCGUAAAGGGAUACGAUAUUUCGUUUUUAAUAACCAACUUCCACACCGAAGCUAUGUUGAAGCACAAACUGGUUGACUUUAUCAUACAAUUUAUGGAGGAAGUGGAUAAGGAGAUUUCUGAGAUGAAACUUUUUCUAAACGCGAGAGCGAGAUUUGUCGCUGAAUCCUUUUUGACCCCAAUUUUCUGUGAUGGCUCGCAUUCUACCAUGGCACCCCCAGCCAAGAUCUUCUAUUGA